AUCUAUAUCACAGUUGCUUGCAAAGAGUAGUAUAAUAAAUCGGGAUUGCUUGGCUAUAUAUAAGUGCUGAAGUAAUGUCCAGAUAAAUUAAUUAAUUGAGAAUUAUAAAAACAGCAAAACUUGUUUUUCGUGUUGCUUUAAAAAUUUCUUAAUUAUCUCAUAUCACGAUAAAUAUUAAUGUCCAACGUAAAAUCAAUGACAUACGAUUUACAUUCCAUAUACUCCGACUGAUUUUCAUAUUUAAUUGUUUCUUCGGAAUAUUGCUUUUAAUAUCAUUUCAUAACUUUGUUAGAAAUAUAAUUAGCGUAAUUAAUUUAAAACCUAUAUUUUUUUUAAUUUUAAUGGCAAAAAUGUUGAAACUAAUAUGGCAGUGUUUGUAUUCGCCACGGCUGUACAAAAUUUACGGAGAUGGAGAAAAGGAUAAUUUGUACAAGCCGAAACAAUUAGAAAAAUUUGGGGACAAAAUAAUUUCUACAGCCCAAAGCAUAUUCACAGUGGCUGGCUACACAUCACCGUUUAUGUGUACAUAUAUAUACAGAAGAGGUUUCUUUUCUUGGGAUGAAACAGUAUUCUUAAGUAAAUUCUUUACUGGAAUUGGAUGUCUUAUGGCAAUUUCGUUCUUUAUGAGAGCAAUUGGCCGUGCAUUUAAUUCUCAAUAUACAGACUUUCUUAAUGCCAUCACUAGCCCAAAGACAAAUCAUAAAGCGUACAUGACCUCAAUACGCAAAUACGAUUUUGAAUUUUCUGCUUGGCCUGUUUCAUUUGCAAUGCCAGCAAAAUCAAGCUCCUCAUGGUUUGAAAACUUUCCUUUCAACAAGUGCUCUAAUAGAAAUUUACCAAUUUACCAAAGAAUACCAUUGCAAGUAAUUGCAUUUAUAGCAGUUCAUACUUUUGCCUUGCGUCUGAUUUACCCUGGAACUCUAGGCCUCAUCCAAAAUUUGCUUUGGAUGCCUUUGAUUGAAGGACGGACACAACUGGUUGAAACAUAUAAUGGAAAACGCGCGAAAAUCUUAACGUCGGAUGCUAAUUGUAUUGACACAAUCUUUGUUGAAAAUCGAGCGCAUACAAAUGGAAAAAUUCUGGUUAUAUGUUGUGAAGGAAACUCUGGAUUCUAUGAGAUUGGAAUAAUUACGACCCCAAUUAAAGCGGGCUAUUCCGCUUUGGGCUGGAAUCAUCCUGGAUUUGCUGGGAGCACUGGUAUGCCGUUUCCAAAUCAGGAACAGAACUCGAUUGACGCCGUCAUCCAGUACGCGAUUACUGAACUCAAGUUUCCUAUUGAGAAUAUUGUUAUCUAUGGAUGGAGUAUUGGUGGAUAUUCUGCUUCUUGGGCAGCUCUUAACUAUCCAGAGAUUAAUUCAUUGGUUCUGGAUGCGACUUUUGACGAUUUACUACCUCUUGCCCAAAAUCAAAUGCCGAAAUCUUGGGCUUUGCUCGUCAAAGAAGUGGUACGGUCGUAUGUGGACUUGAAUGUUGGGGAGUUUUUGAUUCAAUUCAAGGGGCCCGUGCAAAUUAUUCGACGAACUGAAGACGAAGUCAUAUGCUUGAGGCAAGGUCAGCUCGGCACUAACUGUGGGAACAAUCUUCUAAUGAAACUGCUGCAAUCUCGUUAUCCACCGUGGUUCAGUGAGGAUAACUCUUUGCGAGAGGCUUUGGAGCGAUAUGUUGUAAUGACAGAAGCGCAGCGGGCCACUAUUGACCAACAAGAAUUAUCAGAGACCAAUCGACGUGCGCUCCAAUUGAUUGUCAAGUAUAUGCGCGAUUUCCAAUCGACACAUUGCGCUCCCCUCCCAGAAGCUCAGUUCGCUGAUAUUAUGAAAACUAUACAUUUAAAGAACUAGCUCAUAAUUCACAUUUCUAGAAGUCACAGUAUUUCUGUCAGCUUUUACAAUAUCGGAAAGUUGAAGAGAGACAAUAAUAAUUAUUUUGAUGGGAAGCAGUGAAGUGUUGUGUGACAGAAAUGUGACCGGAAAUAACUAAUUGUGUGAAAUGAACUUCUCAUAAUAUAAUUUUAAAUGCUUGUCUUGAAUGACGAUUAAUAAAUUAUUUAAUUAUAGGAUUAUAUGGCGUAGGUCGAAGGUGUACAGUUGGGUAUACUGUAUGUAUAAUGAAUUUUUGUAUGUAUGUAAUUUCAUGUUAGUAUUUUUAUGUAAUUUAUAACUUUGUAGCUUAUUAACAAAGCACCAGCUAAUGCGAAUUCUAUUUUCCUACAAUGUAGAUAUUUAAAAAAUUAUCGUAUCGUUGCAAUGCGAUUACAGAACAUAUUAAUUAAUUAAUAUUCUAAAGUAGUAUUUAAAUUAUCAAUAUAUUCAAUUGUCUUUAUACAAAAGUUCGCUUAUAAUAGUUGACACAAAUAUAUUUUAUCUGGUAGUUUUUAAUGUUAGAUCAAUGUUUAAUGUUAAUUAUUUAUACAAAAAUGUAUAACCAGAUGAAAUGUAGCUCCCUAUUGCCGAAAGCAAAUGUAUCUAUUCAUAUAGGUAUAUUAACAUUUUAUUAGCAUUUUAUAUGAUAUCCUUGUCGGUUGAUAUUGGAAAGGUAUUCUUAUCUAUGGAAAUAAACAUUUUUAUAUGUAAGUUUUUUUAGUGCAGACGCAGUGAAUGUUUUGGAAUAUCCACCAUCCAUCCCAUUUGGAAUAUGACUAGUAAUAAAUAACAGGAUUAUAUUAUUUUAUAAAUAUUUGCAUGUUCCCAAAUAUGCGUUUUUGAUUGAUAGCCCAAUCUUUUCUUGCACUAUGACCAUAACAUAUAGUAAGCAUAUUUCUAUCUAAAAGAACGAAUUUUAAAUAUAAUUUUUACAGUGAGGGAUGUUUGUCUUUGUCCGAUGAUCAAUCUUACUUUAAAAUACUUUCUAAGUUCAAAGAAAAUAUGCUUUCUGCACUUUUCGCAAUUUCAAGUAGUUUUAAAGAGAAACGUAUUUUUUUGUUGAUGUAGAUUCCCCAUUUAACGCUCGGCGAAGCGAGAGCGGGUCGCUAGGUGUAGAUUUAAGUAUAGAACAUUUUAACGUAAAAUAUUAUGUUAUCUGUGGUUUAACUUAUACUACUAACUAACUGACAAAAAGAAGAGGUAUAAUGUAUUUUCCAAGAUAAAUUGUCGUAUCACAUGUUUUAAUAAUAAAUUUAUAUAGCUGAAAUAAAAUACCUUACUAGCUUCAAAUCUUAUUAUAAUCUAUCUAUAAUUCUAUAAUUUAUACUAACAAAAUAAAGUUGAAGAGUCUCGGGAACUUCUUGACUAAUUGCAAAGGUUCUUUCACCGUUGGAUAUUAUGUGUGAUAUUGACCACGAGCGAAGCCGGGGCGUACAGGUACAAUUUUAUAAAGACUCACGAAACCGUAUACCUGUGACAUGUUUUCCAAACGUAAGUAAAAAUUAAUAAAAAAAAUAUUCUACGAAGUGUAAAAAUUCUUGAAACGUAUUUAAAUUGAUUUUUAUAUAUUGACAAGAAAUGCAGAAAAGAGUUUGGAGUCAUCAAUAAAAUAAUGGGAUCAUUUUUUGCUUUCGGAUUAUUGUUUCUUUGUUCCCAAAAACCAUUUAUUAACCCAAAUAUAGGCACAAUAGUACUCCCCUCCCAUGCUGUACGUCACAAUAUAUCUAUGGUUACCAAUAAUACAAUACGUAACGCUACAUUUUUCAUCCUUAUCAUCUUACUUAUCUGAAACCCAUUAUUUAACUUUGUAACCUGGAUACAAAUAAAUGAAAUUACUAAA